AACAACUACGCCCUCUGAUGAGUGACGUUUGAUGCUAAUGACAGUUCCGAGAUUUAGCGCAUAGUACAAAAUUGACGUGGCAUUACUUUAAAAACUCUAUUCUGUGACUAUUCAUCAUAAAGUAGCUGAUUUCUGAAUAAGUACAAUGGGUUUGACGAUCUCCACAGUGUUUUCACGCCUUUUUGGCAGAAAGCAAAUGAGGAUAUUAAUGGUGGGGUUAGAUGCAGCGGGUAAAACCACGAUUUUGUAUAAAUUAAAACUGGGAGAGAUCGUCACGACAAUACCCACUAUAGGUUUUAACGUAGAAACAGUCGAGUACAAAAAUAUUUCGUUUACGGUGUGGGACGUUGGUGGUCAAACGAAAAUUAGGCGUUUAUGGGCUUAUUAUUUCCAAAACACGCAAGGGUUAAUUUAUGUAGUUGAUUCUAACGAUAGGGAACGGAUUGCGGAGGCGGAGAAGGAACUACAAAAUAUGCUCAUGGAAGAUGAGUUGCGAGACGCCGUUUUACUUGUCUUUGCCAACAAGCAGGAUCUCCCGAAUGCAAUGACAGCAGCAGAGCUGACUGACAAGUUGAACCUUAACCAACUCCAUAAUCGACGUUGGUACAUUCAAGCCACAUGUGCAACCCAGGGCGACGGUUUAUAUGAAGGUUUGGACUGGUUGUCGAAUGAAUUAGCCAAUAAAUAGUUAGUUUACCUUAAUUUUAGCUAGCAUUUAUAUUAAUAAUAAGUUUCAUUAUUAUUUACAUAUUUUCUAACUUAGUUAAACCUGUUUGUGAUUUAUAUAAGAGUAAGUGACUGAAAAAUAAAAAAUCUUCAUAUA